GUUAAUGAGGUAAUUAUGCCUUUUUCCAAGAUGCUAUCCUUUACACAGAGGUAAUUUCCCAGGAAAUUCAUAACGAGUGAAGUGGGGAGUGCGGGGAGCAGGGAGAAAAAAAUAAAAGAUACAAUAAUAAUCCAGCCCCAAAAAGUGUUGGAUGCUGCUUUCAAGGUUUUUUGUUGAGCAGCUCAUGGCUUGGGAGAGAUGUGGGGAGGAGGGGUGCCCUCCAGCCUGAAAUCCCCAGGGAGGAGGAAAUAAACCCCAGCACUACUGAACUGGGAUUUGGGCAUAUCUAGGAUAAAUCGCUGCCGUGGGGCAGGAGCAAUUUGGUCCAAGUGCCUGUACCCCCACCCCCCUGCACUUCUCAUUAGCUGGGACCACCAGACUGAGCAGGAUCCAGGGUGCCCCCAACCUUCUUGACUGUAACAUUCCCUUCCUGCACUUUCGUAACCAUGCCCCCAUAACACCCCCAUAACUAAAUCCCACUGAAGGGAAUAUUUGGAGAGGAGAGGUUUUUCCCCCUGGGCUCAUACAGAUUCACAAUCUGGGUGUUGCAGGGCUGUCACUUCUGCAGGACCCCUCCAUGUGCCAUCUGCUGCAGUGACACCCACGGGGGACCCCAGAUCGCUCCAGCUUUGGGCUUUUUCUGUGGACAUUCUCUGGUUCGGUAAGUUUUGAGGCAGCGAUGGUUCGGAAGGGCAGCUUCCUUCAUAUCCCCCCCCUGCCCCCCACAACACCGCUUCUUCUGGGAUAACGCCUUUGCCUAUAAAUCUUCUCUCCCCCCUCCAAAAUAAAAAACCCUCCAGGCCUCUCACAGGCGCUGACCUAAAUCUGGUUUCUCCAUCGUAACCUCAGUUUUACCGCAAUUAAUUUUUUUCUGCUGGUCACAAGAUAAUUCCUGACGCCAGAAAGUCUGGAGGUCAGAUGAGAAGCGGAUUGAGGAAAAGGGCGGCACUAAUUUCCUUAAAACAGGGCGGUUGGGAGGGGGGGCAACCCCUUCGUCCCGUCUAAAAAUAGGGGGAAUUCACUGGGAAAGAGAGUGGGACAGUUUGGGGAUGCGGGGGUGUUGAAGGGGUUUAGGAGGGGAUAAUCCCCAAGAGGUUUUGAGGGGUCUGGCCGUGGGGAGGGGGACCUGCGUGGCCGUGUCAUCCCCCGUCGGGUCACUCUGGCCAUGAAGGGUCAAUUUGGGGGACUGGGGAAGGAGGGGGGUGAAGUAGAGGGGGUUUAAGGCUCCAUUUAUGUAUAGGGGCGGAGUUUGAUGCUUCAUUGACACUCGGAGGCGGGGUUUAGGGCUUCGUUUACAUAAAAGGGAACAGAUUAAUGGUUAUUUUACAUAAAAGGGGGUUGUGUUGUUCAUAAUUUGCAUGUAGUGGGCGCGGUCAAGUCGCGCUGCCUAUAUAAACGCGGCGCGGGUUGCCUCCCCCCCACCCUUCCCAAUCUGCCGGCGAGAUACCAAAGUUUGGGGUCCACGGCGUGAGACGUAAGGCUCUCAGAGCUGCAGUCUUUGGCGGUCCUGGUGCCCGGAGGUCCCAGCAAAACCCUCGCUGUGGCGACAGCCCCUGAGGCUCCAAGGCAUCCCCCCGUCCUGCAUCUCCACACCUGCUCCGAGCCCACCAUGAAAGCCAUCAGCCCGGUGCGCUCCGUCCGGAGCUGCUACGAGGCCGUUUGCUGCCUCUCGGAGCAGAGUUUGGCCAUCGCCCGGGGCAGCCACAAUAAGAGCCCGGCCUUGGAAGAACCCAUGAACUUGCUCUACGAUAUGAACGACUGCUAUUCGAAAUUGCGAGAGCUGGUGCCGGGCAUCCCUCAAGGCACCAAGGUGAGCCAGGUGGAGAUCCUGCAACACGUCAUAGAUUACAUCUUCGACCUCGAGAUCGUGCUGGAGGAGGGGUCCAAGGGCCGCGACCCCUCUUCCGAGGCCACCCUGCUCUCCCUUAAGGCGGCCGAACUCGCCUCAGAACUCCGCACCAAAGACGAGAGAAGUUUGUGUCACUAAUGUCACCUCCAUCAGCAAACAGGCAGCGAGUGUCGGUUCCUGGUUCGUUAUCAGCCGGAGGUAAAUAGCAGCUUCCUCCGUGGCGCCGGGCUGUCUGCGACCUACCGGCCCCGGCAUCGCCUCCCCCGGGCCCGGGCACCGCGAGUGGGGAGCGGCUGGUUCCGACCCCUCCAGCCUUCCACCGCCAGCAUCCCACCCACGGAGCUCAGCAUCCCAGCUUUGGACCCGAACUCGCAUGAGAUAUUUUUAAUGAUAGACUGAUGAUGAAGAGGAGGUUGUCUGUAUAUUUUUGGAUUAUAGCAGCGAGUCCUUUUUUUAAAGGUGGUUAAUGGGAUGGUGGGGUGGGGAUUAGGGGGUUUUGGGGAGGGGGGAACAAACAUCCUCGAGUAUGAACCAAACUCUCUGGGGCUGUGGCCUCAUGUAUUGUGGAGCUCUAUACUAGAGUAUAACUUUUUGUACCUUUUGUGCAGGAAGGUGAAUUUCUGCGAAUGUGCCUUGUACUUGCUUUAUAAACUUUUUAUAAAAGUUACCGUUUUUACAUAAUAAAGAUCAGAUAAUUUUGA